GUUCGCUUGCAAGUGACGACUCCAGCAGCAAACGCGUCAGAGAGGUCGUGUCCAUGUAAGCAUGGUUUACCCCCUGUCCCUCUCCGCCCCCUCAAAUUCAACGUAGAGAAGCGAGCGCGGAGGGAGAUACCAUUGCAUAUAGAAGGUGUGAUGCUUCCGCACUUUCUCGGCAUCUCUUUCCACACCCGCAAGCUUUCACUCCUCCGUCAGUACUCGUGAGUGCGCGCCAUUUUGAUAACUGCGCCGUUGAAAACGUGACUAUCUGCGCCGUUCGCAGAGUGCUGAAGCGUUUGAAUAGUAUUUGGCGUGCAUUUUCUUCACUCGCGCUGAGGACUUUGGAACGUCAAUUUUGUGCGCUGCGUCAUCCGAGAUGCCGCCGAUCCGUUGUCUGCUGACUGUACCGCACAUUCAGAUAAAGCGGACGUACCACUUGGAAGAAGGUUCCGUGGUCGCCCUCAAACAUGCGAUUGCCACAUGUCCUGUCCUUGGGUCGCAAGUUCAACUGUCUUGCAGCAAAUUUCAGGUAAUGGAUCCUCUGUUCAAUGAACUUGUCGACCUCGCUACUGAAGACAGCAUACCCGAUAUGUCGAAAAUCGUUCUUAUGGCACAGCAAGAAAGUAGCGGGAAUGAAGCGCCGUCAUGUUCAUCGUCACAGGACGACAUGCCAGCAACGCCAUGUGUAUCUUAUAAUGGGGCCGUCCUUGAAGAUGCAGAGUUUUUCUGGCUGAUGGUAGACCAGACAAAGUGUUUUCAAGUGACUAAUGCAGAGGAAGGACUUGUCGCAAUUAUGUGUGCAAACUGGUUGUUCAAUGUUCAAUAUGCUUGUAAAGCGUUCAACACCCUUGUCGUCCUCGAAAGAUUUUUCUUGAGCUCGAAAAGACAACACCAAGAUCUGUUGUUGCGAAGUUCUUAAACAUUGUCGUAAAAUCCACAUAGUCAUAUGAUAAUGCCAUAUGGUAAUGUUCUUGCACAUUUGCCUUACUGCAUAUUUUUUAUGUUUGAUUGUAUUAGUGAUUGAAAAUUUAUUGAUUAUUAUUGCCGUUUUUAGUGCCGCAUUAAUUUAUUUUGCAUUUGCUUCACAAGUCGUGCAUGUUUCUCCUUUUGCAUAGCCGGGCACACAUGCUGUCAAAUAACCCAUGGUCAUUGAACUUUUUAGUUAUUACCAUAUUACAUUCCUGCAAGACAGAACUAUUGUGCAAUAGUUUUUGCUGCUUGUUUGCUAAUCUAAAUAACAUUACACUGCCUUGGUUAUGGUCAGAUUAGAUUAUGUGGGCCAUUAUGAUAUAAUGCACAUUGCAAGAAGCAUGUGUAAAAUUUUGCAAUAAAUGUAAAUAAUUUAGAGAAAAA